GGACCUGGCACCCAGACCACUUCAUUAAGCUGAAGUGGUCUGGGUGCCUAGAGUGGUCCUUUAAUUUAAUGCAGGGACUAGCAACAGGUAACCAGGGAUCUGGUGUCAUUAACACUUUCACUUCCAUACUCUCCCCACUGUCUCAUCUGGGCCAAUAGCCCACGUUCGUGACACUGCCACACUGCAAAAAUUUUCACAAACAGUUUGACGAACAAGACAAAAAAGUGUUGCAUUCGCCUUCAAAUUCCCUAGAUUUCCAUCUGACUGAGCAUCUGCGGGAUGUGCUGGAACAACAAAUCUGAUCCAUAGAAGUCCCACCUUGCAACUUGCAGCACUUAAAGGAUUUUGGUGCCAGAUACCACAGGACAUGUUUGGAGGUCUUGUCGAGUCCAUGCCUCGCUACAUCAGAGGCAGCAUAAAAUGAUAUUAAAUGGUUUUAAUAUUGUGGCUGAUCAGUAUAUGUAUUCUUCAGUCUAUAAGACCACUAUGUUUCUAAGUAUAUUAUAUAGCUAUUAUUUCAUUUAAUAUAUGCUGCCUCUUUCUCAGAGUGAAUGGAGUCCCAGCUUGUGCCAACAAGAUGCUGCUGACAGAUAUCCUACGUAAUGAGUGGGGAUUUGAAGGUUAUGUGGUAAGCGAUGAGGGUGCCAUUGAAUUUAUUAUGCUGAUGCACAACUAUACAAAGAACAUGUUGGAAACUGCAGUCGGUGAGUCAGAGUUUUGUCUGUGAAGUAAAAGCAUGCCAUAAGUGUUCAGCUACAGCUUCUCUAUUUUCUAAUUGUUCAUUAAGAGAACACACCAUGCAGAAAACAAACAAACAAAAAAUAACACAUUUCCACCAUUUGAUGGAAAAUUGUCUGGAUCUGCAGAUUAGUUACCUCAGGUUCAAAAACACGUUUAGUUGUCUCUCAUGGAUUAUAUAAAAAUACAGAGGAAGGUGCCCAGGGUGUCCUUGAAGUAUAUAUAAUAAAAACCAGGGGGGAAAAAGGAACAUUGAUGGUAAAGUACCUAACAGUUCCAAUAAAUAAUAGAAAGUAAGCACACACACUUUUUAGGAGCUAAGAUGUAGCUCCAACUUGAGUGCCUGGGUGGAAUGAUCCCCACCCAUGGAUAUGGUGGAGUGUAGACUCUUACAGUAGAUUCUUGUAGUGGUGGUGACUCCCGUAGAUGUGUGGAAAAAAUGAAAAUAUAUAGUGCAGUAUAUCAAAUAAAAACGUGUGAAUAAAACUGUUAACAGUUAUGCACUCACAUGUCCCAGAGCCUGGAAAGCGGCUCCGCAGAUUAAGCGUGAAGUGGUAUAAUCCCCACUCUUGGAUAUCGGUGGUUGGUGUAUUCUCUCCUAUGAUAUAAGUAGGAGUGAAAGGAAACCAAAAUAGUGUACACCGUAUGGAGUGCAAAUUAAAAUAAUUUUAAAAUCUACUCACAUUUAGUACAGCAAAUAACGAUAUAGGUGGAUUAUCCCCACCAAGGACGUAGGUGUUAAUGAUUUCAGCAGCAAGCAGGUCCAACAAAAAAAUACUUUUUAUUGAUAAAAAAUAAAAUAUAAAAACAAUAAAGUAAAUUAGCUAUAUAAAACAAUUUCAAAAUUAUAUGUUUGAAAUGUUGGAAUAUGUAACUGCUUUUUAACUUUAGAUUCUUCUCUGCCUGUGGGACAUGUGGGACAACUUUCACGAGUUGUUGAUAUUUAGUAGAAUGCAUUCUUCCUUUUACCUUCCAUGAACACCUACAAAACAUUACUUUAAAGCAUCAUAGAUCCAUCCCCAUGCCUAACAAUUGGCAGUGCCAAUUUGAAGAAUUAGGCAGAGUUAACAUAUGUCCACCACAGAUGUUGAGGUAAUGUUGUUUCACUUAGAAAAUCAACAAAAUAUGUUAUUAGGUCAGGCAGGUGAAACUUUUGCAUACACGUGUGUAUUGUACUGAGGAAUCUCAUGCCUAUUACACUGAUUUCAAAACAUUUCACGUUUCAAUACAAUUUCUUGCAAUGUUGCUAUUUGUUAACCUUGUGUUAUAUAGAGUCGAUACUAUUAACCACUAAAAGAAAAAAACUUUAACGGUAUUACCCACUUCUACCUCUAAGCCAAACUGACUUCAAAAUCAAAUGGAUGUCAGAGAACUGUAGUUGGACAUAUAACUUUGUGGAGACAUUUAAAAGUGACAGUCAUACAGAGUAGAUAAAACGAAAGAUAGCGGUAUACAGUUGAAUAUCUAUCUUUUGUUUUUUAUAUUUUGUCUAUACAAGAUCACUGUACUGGGAACUGAUCGUGGAAAGCUGUUUAUAAAUGCUAUGUUGAUUUGAUUUUUUUACCUCUAACUUUUGUAUUCGGGUCUUACUGCACAAUUGAACUAAGGCUUACAGAGUGAGAGGGACUACCUAACUCUCUCUCUCUCUCUCUCUCUCUCUCUCUCUCUGUCUCUCUCUCUCUCUGUCUCUGUCUCUGUCUCUGUCUCUCUCUCUCUCUCUCUCUCUCUCUCUCUCUCUCUGUCUCACUCUCCGUUUCUCUCUCUCAAUCUACCCUUCUCUGCAAGGCACAAACAGUUCCUAUAAGGUCUUGUAAGUGAUAUUAGAGUAGGAGCAUUAAAAUAGUGUCAGUGGCUGUAAAGUAAUAAAGCAAAUGACCACAUUCCAUAUUUUUAUAUGAUUUACAACUGCAAAGCUGUGAUAUAGUAAAAACAACAAUGGGAAAAAAUACAGAUACAGUUUGAUGUGUUCUUUACCAAUGGCAUGAUACAUUAUUGUAAUAUGAUGGACUUGCAUAACGCUGGCAGGGUUAAUAUAGUAUAUGUCCACAUGUAAACAGGUUAAAUCUUGGUCAGAUCUAGUUUGUAUGGCAGGUGUCCUACUUUGUUUUGUUUUUUUAUAGUUUAUGUAACAAGGAAGAGGAUUGGUACCUGUUAAAAAGACCCUUAAUCAAUAAGGAAGUGCAUUGAAAAGCAGGAGAAGGGAAGACCCUUACCAAUAUUCUUUCAAAAUGCUGAUCUUAGAGGUGGUAUUAAUGGGUGGUCUUUCAGUCAGUGUGUCUUUGUGUGAGAAUGCCCAUCUAUAUUUCUGCUUAUUGGUUUGUCAGGUAGUGUGAUUAUGUUAGUAUAAAUUACACAAUCUCUGGGUCCAUAGUCCAAAACAUGUGAAUAACCCCAAGAUCCGAUAAUACAGUGUUCACUGUUAUGGAACCUCUAAAAUAAAUAAUCUGUUAAAGUAGCUUUUAGAUUUUAGUUACCAGUGAAGAAAUGCCAUGAUUUGGGCCAAGUUAUCAGCCAUAGGUUUUUGUUUUUUUCAGGUGGAAGAGUAACAUUCUCUCCACAAAACUAAGCAUGAUUCCCAUUCACCUAAUGUUUGCAUUUAUACUACAUUAUUACACGUUUUGAAAAAAUGUUUUACAUUAUUUUCAUAUAGUAACAUAGAUUUACACUUACAUACAAAUUUAAAACAAAACUAGAAUGUUAUUUUUUCUUGUUUUAGCUGCCGUUAAUGCUGGCUGUAAUCUGGAACUCACCUUCAGCCUGGCAGAUAAUGUCUUCAUGAAAAUUAAGGAUGCAGUCAUGCAUGGUAACAUCACAUUAGAGGUGAGAACAGUGAGAAAAGUGUAGCGGACCCUGGGUAGCCCGACUGGUUACCUCCGCUAUUAAUGGAUAAAGAGACCCAUUUCUCCCCCCCCCUCCCCCCCCCGUAGCUGGACGACACAUCGUUCCAGGGGUAUAACAACCACUUUAUUGGUCACACUCUGGUCACUCUGGUCGAAUAGUAACAGAAAUAGUCAGGUCUCAGAUUAUGCCUCCUCCUCUAGGAAGAAAGUGGACUAGGUUGAUAGAGUCCCAGACGUGUUUCAGGUUGUCUUGCUGAAAACCAAGUGGGUGCUGAAAGUCCCAAAGCCCUAAAAAAGGAGGUGCUUCUGUGGCUAAUACAUUUUUAUGAACUGUCCCAUUCUUUGUCACUGCCAGGGACCUUGAUGCCAUCCAAUUGAGUGCAGUUGGCAUGUUGCAAAAUUAAAAGACUGUCCCCAGUGUUGUGUGGAUCGUGUUAGGUCUUGAUAAAAAGUGAGGGGCCCUGGCAGUAUAUCUAAGCUAUUUGUCCCAUCAAUAGAAAACUUCCUAGCCUGGAUUUAGAGGGUUUUUUCUUGUUUUUUUUUUUAAAUCUCGCUCUCCUCUCUCCAGCCAGCAUGUGGUUGGUUACUGGCUUGCUUUUGAGGCUUGGUAUUACUUGCAGAGCACAAACCAUAACUUUCUUGGUUUGUGCGCCACAAGUAAUGCCAAGCCUCAGUAGCAAGCCAGUAACCAACCUGAGUUGCCUUAAAGGGAAAUAAUAGUCACCAGAACAACUACAGCUUAUUGCAUUUGUUCUGGUGAGUAGAAUCAUUCCCUGCAGGAUUUUUGCUGUAAACACUGUCUUUUCAGAGAAAAUGCAGUGUUUACAUUACAGCCUAGUGAUAACUCCACUGGCCACUCCUUAGAUGGCUGCUAAACUGCUUCCUUAAGCAGUCCUGCCUAGCAUGCAUAACAACAAUUAGUGUCUCCAUCCUCUGCAUGGAGACUGAACUUUCCUCAUAGAGAUGCAUUAAUUCAAUUCACCUGUAUGAGGAGAUGCUAUUUGGCCAGGGCUGUGUUUGACUUUUGCUGACUCUGCCCCUGAUUUGCCUCUUUGACAGUCUCAGCCAAUCCUAUGGGGAAGCAUUGUGAUUGGUUCAGUCCACCACGUCUGAUGAUGUCGGCAGACAGAGCCAGCAGCUUCAGACUUGAAUACAAGUGAGAUUUUACUAUAUUUAGGGAGGCCAAAGGGAGCAAGGGGCUAGAUGGUCAGAAAUACAUAUUUGUGUUUCUGACCCUAUAGUGCUCUUUUAACAACAAAACAGCUGUCCAUGAGUUGUUCACUGGCUUUGCAUCUCUUCCUGAGUUGUGUUUAAAAGCUGCUAUAUGCAGCAUACAUGACCUCCACUGAAUUCAUGCUUAAAUUGGAAUAAUGAGGCAAAAAAUGCAAUUCUUUAUUGAACUAAUUUGCAAAUACCCACCCAGAACCAUUUGCUGUAGAAACAGAAAUGCAAAUUUGAGAUUUCUGUGGAAAAAGAAAAUGUUAUGGCUUGAUUUUGGUGUGCAGAUCUAUGUUUAACAAUGUAUUAACAAGAUAUAUGACAGAUCAGACAGACCAAUAUGUGCACAGCCUCCACUGACUACAAGAAAGCCUGUGACACAAUGCCACACACAUGGAUACUACAAUGCUUGGCCCUAUGCAAGGACCCCCAAGUUGGGGGAGUGGGUUAGCAGGUUCCAGGUGGGAUAUCUGAGAUUGCUUUCCUGAAGAGUGCAGUUCUGUUGUUCAGAAACCUCAUACUCCCAGGGCUCCGGUAGAGGACCCAAGGAGGAGGAAUAUACAGAAAUACCAAUUGGAUGGGUAAGAAAGUGAAUUUUAAAAUGUAUCCAGAUAUUACUUUUUUUAAAGCUUUAUUUUCUAUAUAAUUAUUUUUUUGUCUUCAUAAAAGACAGCCAGCCUCCCAAUUCUUAUGAUACCUCACGGUGCAAAAAAAACCAAAACACUGAAAUCUGUUAAAGAUACCAAGCUAGCAGAUGACAUCAUCUUUACUGCAUAAAAGUAAAUGUAAAAUCAGAACUGAUAUUGUCUAACUAUAAUAGAACCUUCAUGUUCAAGAUAUUUAAAGCUCCUACUUUGUAAUACUUUGUGCUUUCAGAAGUGUCACUCGCUUAAUUAAAUUGUUGCUUUUUGUUCUUAGACUGUGAAAGAGAGGUUAUAUCCACUGUUUUACACCCGUAUGAGACUUGGAGAAUUUGAUCCACCAGACAUGAAUCCGUAUAGCUUCCUUGAUCUUGGUUCUGUUCAGACACAAGAGCACCGGGACCUUGCAGUGGAAGCAGCCAUCAAGAGCUUUGUACUUCUGAAGAACAUCAGGGACACUUUGCCCCUGGAUCUAGAGAGCAUUCGAGGGAAAAGGAUUGGGGUAGGAAACAUUGUGUCGUGUACAAACCUGGUUUAAUACAAAUGCCUUUUAUUGUACUAGCUUUAUCAUCCUAUCUACGUAAAAUUUAACUCUGACGCAGUGUUGCAUGCAGAUUCUUUUCAACAGUGUCUGAAAGGAGCACUUUUUAAUAUUGUCUGUUUUAAUACCUAAUGUAUUUUUUAUAUCUGGAGCAGAAAAUAAGCAGAAUUUCAUGUGCUGUUCUUUUUAUUUCCUUUGAGUACGGUCAACAUGAAUAGAGCAAAAUUAAAUGUGUAAAUCUAUUUUAACAUGAACAUAGGUUUAAGUUACAAUAAAUAUUUUAGAAUAUAUUAAAUGUGUAUGAUUAUAGUUUAGGAUUUGUCUACAUUCUAGUGGCACAUAUUAUCAUGAAGUUGUAUGCUGCUGAUUUAAAAAGAGCACCGAUUACAAUACUGGGUCAUUAUAGUGCAAUGUAUACUACUGAAUUUGCUGUAACGACACGUACAUCAGUGUACAUCAAUGUACUUUGUGCACAAGGUAAACAGCACUUGGGGAUUGUCUACUUAAAGGAACACUAUAGUCACCUAAAUUACUUUAGCUAAAUAAAGCAGUUUUAGUGUAUAGAUCAUUCCCCUGCAAUUUCACUGCUCAAUUCACUGUCAUUUAGGAGUUAAAUCACUUUGUUUCUGUUUAUGCAGCCCUAGCCACACCUCCCCUGGCUAUGAUUGACAGAGCCUGCAUGAAAAAAAAACUGGUUUCACUUUCAAACAGAUGUAAUUUACCUUAAAUAAUUUAAUCGCAAUCUCUAAAUUGAACUUUAAUCACAUACAGGAGGCUCUUGCAGGGUCUAGCCAGCUAUUAACAUAGCAGGGGAUAAGAAAAUCUUAAUUAAACAGAACUUGCAAUAAAGAAAGCCUAAAUAGGGCUCUCUUUACAGGAAGAGGCUGUGCAAGUCACAUGCAGGGAGGUGUGACUAGGGUUCAUAAACAAAGGGAUUUAACUCCUAAAUGGCAGAGGAUUGAGCAGUGAGGCUGCAGGGGCAUGUUCUAUACACCAAAACUGCUUCAUUAAGCUAAAGUUGUUCAGGUGACUAUAGUGUCCCUUUAACAUUUGGCAACAUAUACUUUUGUAGGGAUGCACCACCUAAUCUUGUCAGUCUCAGCCAUCAAUAGCCGUGGUUUUAUGCCACUGAAACAUAAACAACCCAUAGCCGAAUUUCCCUGCCUGCUAAAGACCUUAAACUCCCUUAACUCACCAAAUCUAUAACAUUAUACAAGUGGUAAAUUGUCAAAAAUUGUCAUAGUUUAUCUGGCUGGAUUGGAGGUUGUGCUAGAAAGAUCCUACUGGCAAACUCUGUACAACUUUGAUUGUAUUCCAUUUCUUAAAAACAAAAAGUAACACGCAUUUUAACCCCUUAAGGACAGAGGCAAUUGUACAAGUUCUGAUCAAAACAAAACCUAUAUGUCUGUUCAACCAUAAUUUACCUAUUUCAUAUUAAGUGUACUCACACAUGGUAUAUAUAAUUUUUUAAGGCGAAACAGAGCUUUCAUUUCACAUCAAAUAUUUAUACAUAAAAAAUAAGAAAUGGUAUUUUACAAGUUCUGCAUGGCAUUUUAACUGUGAUGUCAUGAUACUGUUAGAUUUUACUGCAAUAAAAUACACAUGUGUAUGCUGUGAUGUUCCACAAGUACAACAAUACGCACAUGUACCGGUUUUCAUGGUGUUUUUAAAAGCUACAGAAUCUUAGAAUACCCAUUUCUGUGUUUUAGAUUGGUUUGCUGGGCCUAUGUUGCCAUAGGACUACCUAUGAGACCAUAUGGCAGCCGAGGAAUGAAAAUUACCGCCAUCCUGGCAUAUCAUUUGCAAAAGUAGACAACCCAGGAUAUUAAAAGUGGGGUUUGUCCAGCCUUUUAAAGUAGCCAUUUAGUUACAAAUUCUGGCCAAAUUUAGUGUUCAUAUAUAUAUAUAUUUUUUUUAUACAAAAACUGCACUUUCACUGAAGAUAUCUUCCUCAUACUUUUUUUUCUGCUUUAAAACACUCACAUUUGCAUUCAAUGAUGUCUCACGAGUACAACAGUACCCCCAUGUGCACAUGUUAUGGGGUUUUAGAAAGUUACAGGACCAAAUUUAGGGCUUGCCAAUUUCAUGUUUUAUACCUGGAAAUUUGACAAAGCAAUUUUGUGGGCAAAUGUCACCUUUGGCAGAGUAUGACAGCCUGGGAAUAACAUUUCCACCGUUAUGGUUUGCCAUUUUUAAAAGUAGGAUACUCAAAUGGCAUAAUUUGAUUUGUUUGGUAUAACUACUUUAUCCCAAAUGCUGGCCCCAAUUAGUGGUCAUAUUUUCAAUUGUGUUUUUUCACACCAAUGAAUUCCAUUUUCAGAGGGAAUUUCAUAAUCCUAUUCUGAGUUAAUGGAAUAAAGCCUCAGUAUUUUUAUUACUAUUUAUCUAACGAAUAUAAAAGUACCUCCAUGUAGCAUUAUUUCAGAUUUGUCACAGGGCCAAAUAUAUUAGAUGCCCUUUUUAACUUGUAAAAUUGAAAGUGAUUUUCUUAGCCCAUGUCGCCUUUGAGAAAACAUGGCAUACUAAGAAAGUAAAUUGCCACCAUGAUGGCACACCAUUUUAACAAGUUAUCGAAAUGUUGUAUUUUGAAAUGUUUGGUGUAGCCACUUUAUAAAUGGCUGGGUUUAAUGUAGUUUGAACUGUGAUCAGUAAUUUAAUUUUAAUUUGGGGUCUUUGGGUUUUAGUGGGUGGUAGUGGGAAUUGAAGUGUGGGAAGUGUGUGUUAGGCAGGUAAGCAAUUAAUUUAAAUUACCCCUUUGGUUAUUAUGUGAAUUAAUCCCCAUAGAAUGGCACGCUGCUAUAUGGCGGAGGUGACACACUGUGAUAGUGACACUCUGGAAGAGCUGAGCAGCUGGAAAGAAAUGGAAGUGCAUUGCAGACUAUAGCAAGUAUAUGGAGGGAGUAUACUUAACUGACCAAUGUCUAAAGCCUUAUCUAGUGAACCAAAAAAGUAGGACCUGGUGCAAGAAAGUUGCAAUUUACCUAAGCCAGAUUGCAAUUUUUAAUUCCUAUGUGCUUUACAAAAAAUAAUCUAUAGGUAGGCCAUACCCAUUCUAGAUUUUAUGUUACAAAUGUUGACUAUUUUAUUUGCCCAGUCCCCCAAAUUAGAAGCAGGAAAAGUUGUCAAGAGAAAAGAUCUGAGUAACUUUGAUAAGGGCCCAAUUGUGAUGGUUAGACUGCUGGGUCAGAGCAUUUCCAAAACUGCAAGUCUUGUGGGUGUUCCCGGUGUGCAGUGGUUAGUACAUACCAAAAGUGGAACAUAGAAGGAGAACCAGCAUCUAGGUUAAUAGCGCCAAGGCUCAUUGAGGAGAAAAGGCUAGCCCGUCUGUUUCGAUCAAAGCGAGCUACUGAUGGAAAAAAGAAGGGUCAGAACACAUAGUACAUUAUAUUUUGUUGCUUUUGGGGCUGAGUAACAUCAGACCGGUCAUAGUGGUCAAUGUGGAUCAAUAGAAGAAAGUUGCUUGGAUUAAUGAAUCACAUUUUCUUUUAGAUCAGGUGGCUGGUCGGGUGUAUGUGUGUUGUUUGCCUGGUGAAGAGAUGGCAGCAGGAUGCACUAUGCUAAGAAGGCAGGCUGGCUGAGGCAGUGUUAUGCUCUGGGCAAUAUGCUGGGAAAUCUUGGGUCCUGGCAUUCAUGUGCAUGUUACUUUGACACGUACUAUCCCAAGAGGUUGUUGCACACCAGGUACACCUGUUCAUGGCAAUCGUGUUUCCUGAUGGCAGUGGCCUCUUUCAGCAGGAUAAUACACCCAGCUACACUGCAAAAUUUGUUCAGGGAUGAUUUGAGGAACAUGACAAAGAGCCUUGGCAUCCCACAUUUCAAUACAAUUGGCAUCUCACAAUGGAGGAACAAAUCCGAUCCAUGGAAACCCCACCUCACAACAUGUAGUACUUAAAGGAUCUGCUGCUAAAGUCUUGGUGCUAGAUACCAUAGGACACAUUCAGAGGUCUUGUGCGGUCCAUGCUUCGACGCAUCAAAGGUGUUUUGGUAGAAUGAGGGGGACCUAUUGAUAGAGGGUGAAAUUAGGCAGGUGGUUUUAAUGUUGUGGCUGAUCAGUGUAUACACCCAUAUAUUAGUUAGCCUAAAUUAACUCUCUUGUAAUGGUGUGGAGUGAUACAAGCCCACUCUAGGAUCCUUGUCAUUUGGGUAUACUCGGCAAUAGGAAUUUUACGUAAAAUUCAGCAAUAUAGGAUUGCUCAAUCCACAUGGCACAUGUGAUAUAAAUCCCUACCAUAGGAUAUAGAUUAAACUUUUCACCAGGAAAUCAGCAGAGCUCCAGGAUAGGUAAAUGCUUUAUAAAAACACACACAAUAAUAAUAAAAAAAAACCAAUGGGUUUUGCCCACUGCAAGGGGCUUUAUCAAAGCAUUUUAGUGCAUGAAACACUUUUACCCACAUUAUAAGAGAUAUAGCAAAAUAUCGAACUAUAAACUGAAUAUGAAUAAAACUACUGUUCUCACUCAAAUCAUGGAAAUUAAUAUUCUCAAAGGGUUUAAAAAGGAAUAUGAUUUUAUAUGGACUUCAAAGAAAAUUCGUUACAUGGGCAUCUGGCCCCAGAGUAAUAAUGGAGGAAAAUUUCUUAAUACUUAUUAAAUAUACUAAUGCAUUAUGAAGAGAGUAAAGAUACUAUAAAAUAUCUUGGUGGGGGAGAAUAAACACCAUCAAAGCAUACAUUCUUCCCAAGUGCACAUAUCUAUUUCGAAUGCUACCGUUGUCAAUAACCAAGCAGUGGUUAGACAUGAUCCAAUCUAGCUUCACAAAUUACAUCUAGAGAGGCAAUCAAUACUCCGAUUCUGUCCAAAAAGGACCAUCAAGUGGGGAUAGUAGGCUAUCCGCUAAUUAGAGAUACUUAUCAGGUGAACAUGAUUGUCCAUAUUUAUAAAUUACAAGUUAAAGACUCAAAGGAACAAUCUUGGUAUAAGCUGGAAGCAAACAGAAUAGGCAUAGAAAAACCUGGCUUUCUUGCUAUGCGAUACAGGGAAAAUCUCUUCAGAUAAUUCUUUGAUUCUCUUUCAAACUCUGAAGAAGUGGCAAAAUUUAAAGAAAGAGAUAAGAAUUGCAAACAAAAUCUAUGAGUGCUCUAAUAUUAGGAUUUUAGAUCUAAUAAUGCCCAAUAUUAAUUUACAUAAUUGGCCCAAUCAAAGUGAAUAUUCAGUAGAUGAAUUAUCCAACAACUUCCACCUCUGGUCUACCUGUAAAAGAAAAACAGACCAAUCUGGGAUCUUUGGAUUAAUAGAUUAAAUGAUAUCCCUAAUUAUGGGCAGUCUUAAUAAUGUGAUAAUCCGAUACAAUAAUUUGACACACAUACUUAUUGCUAUCGUCAUUGGGACACUGCAUACAUUUAGAUACUUUCUACUUUCCCUUAUAUCCGGUCCCAAAGAGCAUCUUUUGAGGUAUUUCUAAAUCCAAAUAUAGUAGUACUGUUAGAUUUUUUGCUCAGUAAUUUAUUUAUUUAGUUAUUUUUCUUUCUUUUUUUUUCUUUGUUGUAUGAGCGAAUGGGUAUAUGGUUUGUGUUCUUUGUUUAUAAUGUCUUGGUAAUGUCUAUCUAUUUGAAAAUUAAUAAAGGAUCAAAGUGAAAAAAAACUAAAACUCAUUUUGGUUUGUUUGUUUGCUUUGGCUAAUAGGUUUAAUAAAAUACAGAUGACCGGGGAUAAGAGUCACUUUAAUUAUUUUUUUUUUAUAUCUUUCUGUCGCCUUAGGUAAUUGGACCUUUUGCUGAUAACCCGCAAGAACUUUUUGGGGACUAUGAACCCCAUCCAGACCCUCAAUAUAUCACUACCCCUAAGUAAGGAAAUCAGCCACGUAAGAGAUAAGAGAUAUUGUGUUGGAAUAUAUCUACAUACCGUGCACUCUGCAAUAAAUACCAAAAAGUAAUUCUGUUUGCCCUUCCAUGCAUCCCUAUGAAGUUCUAAAUCCUAACAGGAUAUUCCCUAAAGGGAGAAUGCAAAUUGAAUUUCUAAUUUGAGGCCAAAGUAGCCAAACUGGAAGCUUAGCCGACUUAGAUAAUUUUCCUUUUCAGCUAAUUUGACUAUACAUUUGAAAUUCACUUUAAAUUCUCACUUUAGGGAGUAACCAAUGUAAAUCUUUUCAACGACUUCCUUCUAUGUUAUACUUGCGUAUUAAAAAAAAAAAUUACACUGUAACGAGUAUGUUUAAUGGAGUCACGUGUCAAAGUUCUGCCAACUGCUCUUUACUGACAAUAGAACAGAGAUCACACUUUUGUACCCAGUGCUGUAAUAACCCAGGGUGCAUCAGUGUAUCCCAUAUUGUAAAUCUGUGUAAUUAUAGUGACGAAAAUUAUAACUAGAGGGGGCUUUGCAUUUGGUUUGUGAGUGAGGUUCAUCUUGCUAAGAAUAAUUGGAAUUCCAUUCCACAGCAUCUGAAUGAAGGCAAGCAGUCUUUAAUGCUAAGUCGCACCCCCCAUCCCCACCACCACCACAGCCUGACUUAUUUAGAGAUCACUGGUUUCAAAAACAGUUCUCCCCUUUCAGAAAGCAAAGACUCAAGGGCAGCCCAAUUUAAAACAAAGCUCAUAUUUAUUGAGAAUUUAGAACGAUUACUGUAAACAGAAAAUGGAUAGAAUAAAAAAAUAUAGCAUGUGACUUAGUGGGUUCUUCAUUUAUAAUGGUUGUAACUACCAUUAAAAUAAUAGUUGUCAAACUGAGGCUGUUUAAAUUCUAGGAAAUUACCCUGUAGUCUUAGUCGUGAGUUUCUUUGUCCCACCAUAUGUAAUAUUAAUCUAUCUCUUUAAUAUUUAGGGAAGGUCUUGCAAUGCUACCUGUAAAGAUUUUCUUUGCUGCGGGAUGUAUUAAUGCACAAUGCGAAAAGUACAACCCCAAUGAGAUUAAAGAAGUGGUCCAGUCUGUUGACAUCACCAUAGUGUGUCUUGGAACUGGUAAGUGAAUACAAGUCAGAACUUAAAUGAGAAAAUGGUUAGAAUUGAUAAGAAUCCUAUAGUUUAUUAUAAAAUCAUUUUCAUAGGUAAACCUGUUAUGUAUAUUUGCAGUCUCUUUGCCUACCUGUUUAAAAGGUGUUACAUUUGAGUUCUCUGUAAAGGCACGCUCAUAAAAAAAUUAUAGACCCCAUUAGAAUUUAACGAAAUUAAAAUUCUAUAAAAAAUCUUUCAUAACACUAAACAUUUAGCAUUAGCCCAGUGGUUCCCAACCUAGUCUUCCAGUACCCCCCAUCAGUCCAGGAUUUAAAGAUUACCCAGUUGUGUCUAAGGUGUUUUUUAGAAGAAGAAAAAAAAAAAAAACACUUUAGACAGAGUAAUCCCUAAAUCCUGGACUGGUAGGGAGUUGGGAACCCCUGCAUUAGCCAAUAUGUGUAAAAUGCGGCAAAACAGCUGCUUCUGUCACAACUUGCCAUAUUAUUCAAAAGUAAUUCAUUACAACUGAAUAAACAGGCACUUUCACAUGUGAUGUACAGCUUAUUACUAUGGCAUCUCACCGUGCAUGCACAAGAAUCCUUGGAUGCAGUUUUGUGGGAUCUUUUAUAGACCACCAUUUUAUAUGCUCACAUUUGUGUAAGUGAGGCUGGUAGUAUUUGCAACACUCUUUGAUGGAUAACAGCAGAAGAUUAGCAUAGCUAAUGGUUGAUUUAAUGGCUAAGAAAUGUGUAGGAAAUAAACAUACACAUUCUAAUUGCUAUUCUCUGCUACCGAAACACUGUAUAUUAUGGGUGGAGAUUUUAGUUUUGAUAUCAGUGAGUCAGCAGAAUAACAUUUAUUGGGAAUUUUUAAUUAGGUAUAUCUUUCUUUUUAAAGAAAUAGCAGACUGGAAGAUUCCCGGGUUAGUCAAGAAUUAAGUAGAAGCUGCAUAACAUACUGACUGCCAUAGGCGUGCGCAGCCUAUUGCAUUAGGGUGUGCACCCUAAAGCACAAACAUACGCCGCGUGUGUGUGUGUAUAUAUAUAUAUAUAUAUAUAUAUAUACACAUAUAUAUAUAUAUAUAUAUAUAUAUAUACACAUAUAUAUAUUCACAGACACACACACUCACAGACACACUCACACACACUGACACACACAUACUCACACACUUACAGACACACACACACACACACACACUCACUGACACAUACUCACACACUCACUGACACACACACUCACAGACACAUACUCACACACUCACAGACACACACUCACACACUCACAGACACACACUGACACAUACUCACACACUCACAGACACAUACUCACACAUUUACACACAAUCACAGACACACACUCACAGACACACACUGACACACACACACUCACAGACACAUACUCACAUACUCACACACUCACUGACACACACAGACACACACACACUCACAGACACACACACACACUGACACAUACUCACACACUCACUGACACACACUCACACUCACAGACACACACACACACUGACACAUACUCACACACACACUGACACACACACACACACACACAAAUUAUUAUAUUUACAUUUUUUUUUUUUAAAUGUCCACCCAGCCUCCUACCUGGAGUGCUGGUGGACUUGUUCCUGGGGUCCAGUGGGGGCAGGCGCCUUUCUCCAGCUCAGCCGCGGCGAGGGAGCUCUCUGCUCUCUGCUUCCUCUCGCCGCGCGGGCUGUCUGCUGCAGCUGGGAGCCGGAAUAUGACGUCAUAUUCCGGCUCCCGGCAUCAGCGCGCGGCGAGAGGAAGCAGAGAGCAGAGAGCUCCCUCGCCGCGGCUGAGCUGCAGGGUGGGGGGGAAUCAUCACCUCUUGCCCUCCCAUGACAGGGGCAAGAGGUGAGACAGGGGACACUGAGUGCCUGCAGGAACAGCGUUCCUGCUCAAAAAAAGUGCAGGAACGCUGUUCCUGCAGGACUCAAACCAUAGGCGUGCGCACGGGGAUUAGGGUGUGCCCAGGCACACCCGGCACACCCCGUGCGCACGCCUAUGCUGACUGCCUUGAUUAUUAAGCAGAAGCAGCAUCUCAUAUUAAUUGCCCUGAUUAUUAAGUUGAAGCAGUAUCCUAUACUGACUGUCCUAUUUAUUAUAUUUGUAGGUCGGCAUUUUUUUUGUGGAUCAUUGCAAUUGCAGCUGUCCAUAUUUCCAUGACUCGCUUAGAUUUUCUUUAAUCAUAAAAUACACUAAAUGGAUAAAAUUAUUGGGACAGUGGCUUUUAUAACAUUGCCUUCCAAAUGCAUAGAGAUGGAUAUGUAGUUGAUCCACCUUUUGCAGUUAGAACCGCUUCCCCUCUUCCGGGAAAGUUUUCCACAAGCUUUUUUGGAGUGUUUCUGUGGAAAGUUUUGCCCAUUCAUCCAAUAGAGCAUUUGUGAGAUCAGACGGAGAAGGCUUGACUCGCAAUCUCCAUUCCAGAUUUUUGUUGAUAAAUCAAUUGAAAAUAUCUCUUACCAUAUGGAAUCAUUUGGAAAGCUUAUUAAAUUGAGACCAAAGCUGAUAUAAUGCCAAAGUAAUGUCUCAUUUGAAGGUAGCAGCAAAAUGAUUUCCUAGAAACCUCAUGUGUUAACUAAACGGUGAAAAGAAAUUAAAGAGGAAUUAAUAAAUAAAUAACCUGGAGAGGUACUCUGCAUCAAUCCAGGACACAUGGGACACUGGUGACCUGACAAUGGUGCCGUGGUUCCAGCCUGGACCAUAGAAAUAGAACAUGUUUGUUUAGAAAGUCGACAAGGAAUGGCAAGUCACCCUCAGUAGUUGUGAUAUGACAAUAGACUGGGUUCCUGACCACAGUAGCUGGGAAGCUAAAAUAAAGUAUCGUCCUGUUCUCAAAGCCUGUCAGAAUACUAAAGGAUCCUCAGCAAGGUAGAGGCUACUACCGAACAACGGAGGUGUAUUACUGUACCUUAGAACGUAACACUCAAAUAGGAAAACCCUUAUUUAGUCCCAAAUCAAUUGGCUGUAAUCAUUACAAUAAUGUUACAUGUGUGCAAUUUUAAAAAUGAUACGUUGUUUCAAAGUUUGUAAAUAACAUCGAAAAAGGGAGUCAAAGGACUCCAUCUUAGGAAUACAACAAAUUCUGAAUCCUAAAGUGAUAGUACAAAAAAUAAAAUUCUUCAAAAAACAUUAAAACCUUUUUUAUUUUAAAUGAAAUUAUGUAUACUACCAUAUACAUAGUUUAUGUAUACUACCAUUAAAAUAAAGUCCCAACAAAGGGCUUAACUCCACUAAUAACCUAAAAUAAAAACAUCACUUUAAUUUUUAAAAGUCUUUAUCUGUAAAAAGAAAUGAAAAAAAGGAGAAAAAUACAAAAGUGAUACAGUGAUCAAAGAACAGUGUCCCAAAUCCUUAAAGACACAGAGGGGAGUAAUCAACACAUGCUAUAAAAAGUUAAAUGGCUAAUUCUGAUUGAAUCUGAUUACUCUCAAGUCAGCAAAAUGCUAAAAUGCUAUCAGCUGCAAGUAAGAGAGGUAUUGUUCAAUUUAAACCUUUUUUAAAAAGAGGGGCAGACAUUGUAUUUCUCUAUAGACUCUGUAGGAGAAGCUGUUAGCACUAUCAUCAAGCAAGAGAAAUGGUCCAGCACUCCUCAUAAGUUACAAAUUCACUUUAUUGUGCACUCACACAUGGUUUUAAAAUUACAUAGGUUGAUAAAGACCCUGUUACUGGGUUGAAAUGUUUCUUUGUGAGUGCACUAUAAAGGGAAUUUGUAACAUACGAGGAGUGUUGGACCAUUUCUCUUCCUUGUACUUUGCUAGCCAUAGGACAGGAACGUAGGCCCAAGGGCCACCCUCUAGAAAAUAUAUGGUGAGCUCUCAUUCAUUUUGUAUGACUACUUUAGCAUUAUAAUGGUACAGGCAAAUUAUUAUGACUUUCUUAAAUUACUCAAGAAUUAUAUUAUUAAGUAAAUAUUCAAUAUAGAUGUCAUGCUGUUAUAUUCUUGGGAUUUAUUGCUGUGAUUUCCAUCUACCAGGUGUAAGUGUAGAAACUGAAGGCAAGGACCGAGUAGAUUUAUCAUUUCCUGGCCAUCAGGCUGAUCUCUUGAGGGAUGCCGUGGGCUCAGGUAAAUCAUUGUCAUCUUCUGGUCUCUUACUGUUUAGUGUUUGACAGAUAACUUACUUGUGAAUACUCUGCAGACAGCAAACCUUUUGUUAUCUGAAGUUUUCUACUGUGUGUAAUGCAAUGUCCAUAUUCAGUAUAAUGUUCCUGGCUGCUAAGUAGAGAGAUAAGAGAGAUACGUGCUAGAAUAGGGAAAAUGUAAUUCAUACUUACCAUAAUUUUCUUUUGCUGGCUAUUUUUCAUGGAAGCAUCACUCAUGGAUAGCUCCUCCCCCAGCCAACACAGGACAGGAGUUAAAAACAAAUUAAUCAGACUUUUGUGUAAAAAGGUCCCUCCUCCCUUCAUACCCUAGUCCAAUUAUGAAGCACAAAAUAUAAAGGGUGGGAACCUGAUGCUGCCAUGAAAAAUAGCCAGGAAAGAAAAAUACGGUAAGUAUGAAGCAAAUGUUCCCUAUACCUGGCUAAUUAUGGCAUCAUCACUCAUGGAUAAUACCCAAGCAGUACCAUAAGUAGAGGGGUUGGAAAAAGACUCAAAAACCGAAAGCUGCCAAAAUAGAACAAAUUUAAUUUCAACACAUAGAGGAUACCGAGGACAAGACUUCCCUGCCAAAUGAGGUGGAAGGAGAUGCCACAUCCAGUUUAUGUUUUAUAAAGGUAAUUGGGGUAAGACCAGGUUGCUGCCCUACAAAUAUUCUCAUAUGGUACUUCUGCCCAGUUAGCCCAUGAAGUAGCCAGAGCUCUUGUUGAAUGCGUUUUAAUUUUGUCAGGAGGAGGUAAGUUCUUGUGAUGGUAGGCACUCUGAUUAUAGUGAUCCAUCUUUUUAAGGUAGAAGCAGAUGCAGCCUCACAUAUUCUUGUACCAGAAGGAAGGACAAAUAGCUGGUCAGACUUCCUGUAGGAAUUAGAAAUUUCCAAAUAGCAAACCAGGCAUCCCGGAACAUCUAGAUUAUGAAAUCUGGCUUGUUUCGGAUCCUGGAUUAGGGAAGAAUGAUGGUAGGACCACCUCUUGGAACAGAUGAAAUUCUGAGACCACUUUAGGUAAGAACUCUUGCUUAGUACGUAGACAUACUCUAUCAUGAUAUACCGAAGUACAAGAGUCAUCUGAGAAGGCUUUAAUUUCAGAAAUAUGUCUGGCUGAGGUUAUAGCAACCAGAAACAAGGUUUUAUAUGUAAGCAGGGUAGAGUUCAGACUUUCUGAAGGAGAAAAAAGACUUUCAGUCAAGGCAUCCAAAACUAGAAGAAGAUCCCAUGGAGGAGAGUAAUUCAUUUUGGGAGGUCUGAUCCUUAAGGCAGCCUUAAAGAAACUUGCAAUUAAUGAGUCCAAAGCCCAGAAAACGUUGCAUAGAACAGAUAAAGUUGAAGAUUUUUUUGUAUUUUUUUUUAAGGUACUAAGGCUAUGACCCUUGUCAAGUCCUUUUUUUGUAGGAAUUCCAAAACUUUUUUUGUGGGGAGAAUUUGAUGGGUUGUUAAGUUCAAUAGCUUUAGAAUAUGCCAAAUUCUUGAAUGUCUCCGAAAUCCUAUGAAAACAUUCUGAGGUUGAUUUUUUUUUUUUUUUUUUUUAAGACUUUAAAAGUGUAUUAAUAACUGCUUCAGAUAGACCCAUUUUCUUCAAUCUCUCCUUUUUAAAAGUCAUGCCCCUAAGUUCAGUAUCUCUGGAUUGGGAUGGGAUAGAGGGCCUUGGAUCAUAAGAUCUUACCUCAGAGGUAAUGGCCAGUGGUCUAUCAGACUCAGCUUGACCAGUAAAGGGAAUCAGGGCCUCCUUGGCCAAUUCGGGAUCACCGCUAUUACUUUCCUUCUCUCUGUCCAAACUUUGCGCAGGAAGCAAAGUAUCAUCAGUAGAGGAGGGAAUGCAUACACCAGAUUGAAGGUCCACCGUUGUGAUAGGGCAUCUUGCCCUGCCGACAGCUGAUGUGGAUCACAAGAGUAAAAUUUCUGAGUCUGACAAUUCUCUGCUUUGCCAUAAGAUUGAUCUGUGGUAUGCUCCACCGAAUAGUAAUUUCUCUGAAUACUUUCGGAUGAAGUCUCCAUUCUCCUGGAAGGAUCUCUAAACUGCUUAGAAAGUCUGCCGUAUAGUUCUCUGUAUGCAGAAGAUACACUGCUUAUUGACCCAGAAGAUUAGAUUGGGCCAGUUUCAUAAUCAGAAUUCUUCUAGAAGAAGCCUGCUGCGAGUGCCUCCUUGGUUGUUUAUAUACAAUGCCAUGGCCCGGUUGUCUGUCUUUAUAAGAACCCAUGAUUGUACAAUGGAAAGAAACCUAAAAGUGCCUUCUGAAUAGUACAUAAUUCCUUCAGGUUGGAGUGUAGAAGACUCUGUUUGUGUUUCCAUAGGGAUUUGUAAUUGGCACCCCAUCCAUAAGAACUUGCGUCCGUCGUUAUGGUUUGCCAAUGUGGUUCUUCCAGAGGGAAUCCUUGAAAUAAGUUUUUGUCUUCUUUCCACCAGAUCAAAUGCUGUGUCACUCGAGGAGAAAUAUAUAUUCUCUGUUCCCAGUCUGCCCUUUUUUGUUGAAUUGAAGAAGAAUUUUUGGUUUGGUCUGAAUCUCCACUGAGCCCACUUCACCCUAUUGUGGAGGUCAUUGAGCCCAUCAGGCUCAUAAGAUACCUUGCUGAUGUGUGAAUAAUCCUUAGUCUUUUUAACUUUGUCUUUUAUCUUGGUGACUCUUUUCUAGAGACAAGUGGACCUUUGCUUUUGAGGUAUCUUUCAUUGCUCCUAGAAAUAUUUAUUCUUUGGGUAGGUGUUAGUGCGCUUUUCUCUGUAUUUAUCAGCCAACCGUGGACUUGUAGUAUUUCCAUGACAGCUUGAGUGUGAAGAAUAACUGUCUGACGAGAAAGGCCCACUAUCAGUAUAUCACCUAGAUAUUGGAAAAUUUGAAUGACUUGAUUUCUUAGGAAUGUAAUCAAAGUAAUGAGAGUCUUUGUGAAUGUUCUCGGGACUAGACUCAGACCGAAAGGAAGGCCCUUGUACUGGAAGUGUUUUCCCAACAUCCAGAAUCUUAGAAACUUUAGCUGGUUCUUGUGAACAGGUAUCUGAUAGUAAGCAUGCUUAAGUCGAUUGACGCCAUCCAUUCUCCUUACUUUAUGUUUUUUAUGAUCGUGCAAAUGGAUUCCAUCCUGAAAGUACUUUUCUUCAGCACGGAAUUUACAUUUGUUAGGUCCAAGAUCAGUCUCCACUUCCCCUCAGGCUUUGGUGCUAGGAAUACUGUAGAAUACAUACCUUUUGUAUCGAUCUUCUUUUGGGACUUACUCUAUUACAGCUUGGUUUAGAAGUUUGUGGAAGCAUUCUUUCAUGGCUUGUUCUUUUCAGCCUUUUGAUACUCUUGAUCUUAUGAAUAUAUUUUUUCUUUGAAGUGUCUCGAAUUCCAUCAUGUAGCCUUCCCUUAUAAUGGAAAGAACCCAUGUGUCUGUGAUGUUUUGGGUCCAGAUAGGAUAGAACCUCUGAAGUCUUCCUCCUAUCAGCCGUAUCUGAACCUGCCGACCUUCCGAAGUUUUUAUUCGUAGUCCUAGGUCCUUUCCCUCUUGAGUUUUUGUCAGAAGAUGUUUGUUGGUAACUUCUCUAGUUAGGAUUUCUGGAAUAUUUUCUUCAGGAUUUGUAAGAUCUACUGUCCUGAAAGGACCGAUCCGUAUAUCUCUUAUUUUUCCAGGAAGAAGAGGCUGGUUUUCGUUUCUCCUGAGGCAGAAAAGCUUUUUUGCCGUCAACUGCCUUCUGAAUGGCCUCGUCCAAUACUUUGAUGAAUAAUAAAUCUCCUUGGAAUGGGAGACUGGGGAGAGAGACCUUUGAGGCGUAGUCGGCUCUCCAUGAGUGAAGCCAUAGAGCCUUUCUUGAGGCUACUGUUCAUGCCAUACUUUUUGCAUUUUGGUAAUAUCCAAUGACGCCUCCAAGCAAAACUCAUUAGCCAUCUUAAAUUCUUUCAGGUUUUUGCCCAGGUUUUCUCUGUGUACUCCCAUUUCCAUAUCCCCUUCCAGGUAUUCCAGCCAGACCUUGAGAGCUCUGGAUAAAGUAGUCAAUGCUACUGCAUGGUGUAGAGCUGAGCCCAGAGACCAGUAUGCUUUUAUCAGCUCUGCAUCUAACCUCUUUUCCAUCGGCUCUCUCAGGUAUGCCAUAGACUCAAUAGGCAAAGUUGUUCUUUUAGCUAUUCUUAUAACUGCGAUGGAAACCCAAGCCUUACUGUUGCCUGAGGAAUAUGGAUACACCCUAGAGAUCUUACUACUUCAGCGUGGAUUUGUUCUCUAAAUUUGUUCCAUUCCUGACAUAUCACAUCUUUAAUCGCAGCGUGGACUAGAAAACGUGGGUCUGAUUGACUUCAAGUCCUGAAAAUAUCUGUCCGCUUCCUGCUAAUCGGGUCUUUCUUCCUGAAGUCUUAAGGUGUUUCUCAAGAGUGUAAUGAGCUUGUCAAUGGACCGGGCAUCCAAGGAUCUAGGGGAAUGCUGUGAGUCCUCUUCUUCUGAAAGAACCUCUGAAUCUUCUUCUGAUGCCUGAUGCUCAGUUCUAAUUCGUUUGCUAGAUUGUCUGUCUUUUCUCAGAAUUAUUCCUAAAGCCUUCAGCUGUAGCCUGAUAGAUCCAUAUUUUCAAAUCUUCCUGAGGAGAUCUCGUCCUGUAAGAUUCUUCAGCUACUUCCAUCAGGCAUGAGGUACACAGGUUCUUCCCUUCAGGAGCAGAUACAUUGCAAUUUAUGCAUCUAUUGGAUUUUUCCUUGCACUUCCUGGAUGUAGUGUCACGGGUUUUGCUGGGGCUGAAAUAUAAGGAGAUAUAUAUAUAUAUAUAUAUAUAUAUAUAUAUAUAUAUAUAUAUAUAUAUAUAUAUAUAUAUAAUUUAUUUAUUAUUAUUUUUUUUUAAAUGUAUUUUUAUAUCAAAUGUAUUUGGCUCACCUAUUUUUUCUAGAGUCAGAGGGAGAAGCCAUACUGAAAGAAAAUAUUCAUAUAAGUAUUUGCUAAAAAGUUACAAACCUAUCUUAAAUGAUAUGCUCGAGAGAGAGAAUUUCACUAUACCUAAAAUAUAGGUCUCAACAGUGUGUCCUAGAUGGAUCAUUGAUGCACUCUGGAAGAUGAUUCCUAAUAUAGUUAGGCCUGAGUGGUCUGACAUGGCUUAAUGUGCAUUAGGACAAACGUGGAGUCAUGACUCAAAUGAUUCAGCAAUGUGGAGGACAAGCUGCCCUUCACAGAGAUUGAAAAAAACACUUUUAAACAUGGAAUGGAUAUAUAUAAUAUGUUAACACUAAAGUUUGUAGCCUCAGGUUGUGUCGACUUCUAGUGUGGUUGAAGUAUAGGUAAAAAGUAAACUACUUUCAAAUAGCAUAUUUGGGGUACACGGCCAACAAAGUGGGCUAACAUUUUUAGAGUAGUCACAGGAAUGGUAGUUAAUAGCGAGUGACUCUGACCUAACGAAGAGCAGUCCAUUAACCCCUUAAGGACCAAACUUCUGGAAUAAAACAGAAUCAUGAUAUGUCACACAUGUCAUGUGUCCUUAAGGGGUUUAGUCAAUCUAAGAACAAAUGAGAACCCUGUAAGCAAGAGAUAUACGAUAUCCAAGCAGAAAUCAUGAAGUCUAUCAUCAAGAAAUACAAUGCUCAGCAAGUCUUCAAGUAGACAUACAACAGCUGAGCAUAAAAGUGUUCAUAGAGUAGAGUGUUACUGUGGUCAGAAUGUACGGUAUAGCCCAUACUGGUCUGGGUGCACUAAGUGAAAGUUGUAACAUUGCCUUUAAGUACAAUUGGGCAGGAGUGUUCAUUAAAUACAGAUGCAUGAUUUUAAAACCUUUUUACUUUAUUAAACUUCAAAAAAAAAAAAAAGAAAACGCAAAACUGAAAUUUGUUAGCUCUGUGUUUUAGGAGUGCCUAAAAAUUCAGAAAAGCUUUGCACUCUGUGAAUCCAUUCCCUGGGAUAGAUCCAUCUCAGGAAUGGUAAGGGUCUGUCAAUAUUCCCUCAUGAAAGAUAGACUAUAUCAUACAUAUUCACAGAGCAUAGUGAUCCUAUAAAAUACCAAGAAUAUAAAAUAUAAGAAUAGGAAGCUUCCUGAGAAAAGGAAAAAAGUUAAAUGUUCGAAGAUGUGCACAUCAAUCUAGAGAAAUAAUGUUGUGUCUGCUCUACAGCUUGUGUGACGGUGCCUUGUAGAAGUAGGGAGUUGUUUCAGAUUGAGUGGGCAGUUGUCAAGAAGCACUGUCCUCCCAAUAAUUUAUUAUUUUAAUUGAGCAUUUGUGAGUAGUCUGCUAACUUUCUUUAAAAGAACACUCUCAAAGUACCAUAACCACUCAGUGGCGGAUCCGAGGGUGGGGGCGACGGGGCAAUUGCCCCACUCCCCCUGAAAAAGUAGGGGCCCUGUUGGGGCCCUUUAAUGUUGCAGGGAGUGCUGGGAGGAAGUGACUGUUACUUCCUUCCAGCUUACAGACUCCCACUAAGAAAAGAGGGAGAGCUCUGCAGCUUCAGACUCCCAUCAGGAUCAGCCAGCCCCAGGAAGUCACCUUCCUGCAACCAAAAGGUGUGAAAGCAGGGGGGUGGUUAACAUAAUGUAAAUGGCAAUUUGUGUGUGUAUGUUUAGGUAUGUGUUAAUGUGUGUCAGUGUAUCUAUGUGUGUCUAUCUGUGUGUUUGUCUGUAAGUCAGUGUUCUCUCUGUGUAUGUGUAGGUAAAUGUGAGUGUAUCUGUGAAUGUCAGUUUGUGUGUGUGUGUAUCUGUGAGUAUGUGUGUCUGUGAGUGUCAGUGUUUCUCUGUGUAUGUGUAGGUAAAUGCGAGUGUAGGUAUGUAUCUGUGUGUGUCUGUGUGUAUCUUAUGUGUAGGUAUAUGUGUGAGUCUGUGUGUAGGUAGUCAGUGUGUGUGUAUCUGUGUGCCAGACUGUGUAUGUGUUUCUGUGUGUGUCAGUUUAGGUGUGUGUGCCUGUGUAGGUAUAUGUUUGUAUAUGUGUGGGUACAUGUAUGUUACUGUGUUUUCAUGUCCCUUUGUGAGUGUCCACAUAUGUGUACAGCUGCAGCCCUUUUCACCCCGCAACAGCCCACCACCAGUGCCUCUCCCAAGAUUCGGUUCUGGAUCCGCCUCUGUAACCACUACAGUGCACAGUCAAACAGUUUUAGAAUGGAAUGACUUCUCACCUGGUUUAUUGUGUUUAAUUGGUGUUCCUUGCAAUAUUGUAAUUUAUAUAUGAUAUUUAUAUAGUUAACAUAUCUUCCAGCUGCAGGACGUCCAGUUAUCCUGUUGCUCUUUAAUGCCGGACCACUGGAUGUCUCAUGGGCCCAGAGCAGUGAUGGUGUACAGGCUAUCCUGGAGUGCUUCUUUCCUGCACAAGCCUCUGGCAUUGCCAUUGCUAAAACCAUGGUGGGAGCAGAUGGUGUAAAUCCUGCAGGCAGACUGCCAGUUACAUGGCCAGCCAGGAUGCAGCAGGUAUGGCAGAUCUGUUGGACAUGUGCUAAAAUAAAUAGCUGUUAAAUAGCAUAUGAUAGAUUAUAUUUCCAAUGCUUUCUGAUUGUUUAUUUAAAGGUACCUCCUAUGGAAAAUUACACUAUGCAUGGACGAACAUACCGUUAUUUCGGCAACCAGGUGCCUCUCUACCCCUUUGGGUAUGGCCUGUCCUACACCAAAUUUUAUUAUAGUGACCUUGUAGUGACUCACAGCUCUCUGCAAAUGUGUGAGACCCUCCAACUGUCUGUACAGGUGCAUAACUCUGGAUCCAGAAUUGGGGAAGAGGUAAGAUGUGGACAUAGCAUUUUUCUGAGCAAACUAGCCCCAAGACUCACGAUUCAUAAAAUAUAGACCUUUGCCCUAGAUGCUUCUCUGUAGUGCAAUAUUUAAUGACCACCAUGCUCUCUCCACAGGUAGCGCAGGUGUACAUCAGCUGGUCUAAUGCUAGUGUACCAGUUCCUCGUUGGCAAUUGGUGGGUAUUCAGCGAAUAGCUGUUCCAUUGGAUAGUGCUGUUAAGAUCUUUUUCUCAGUUCGGCCUGAGCAGCGAGCAGUGUGGACUGACCAGUGGAAAGUUGAACCUGGUAAUUUUUUUCUGUAUGUCGGGGGCCAGCAGCCUUUCCAAGAUCUAACUGUUCCAUCCAAUACCCUUCAAACCAACUUUACUGUAGAAGGGAAAGCACAGCCUCUCAACACAUGCUAAAGGGCAUACAGUCAUUUCUCCAGAAGGUGACAACGUUUCAACCGAAUUGAUAGCUGAACAGAUAUGAACACUUUAUCUACAGACAGUCUUAAGUUAACUGCCGAGGUAAUUAUUUUUACGAUUAAUUCAUCAAAUAUUGAGUAAAUAAAAAAACAAUUAAAAUAAACCUACGUAAUAUGCUCCACAAAACUGAAAUGAAGACCACAGCAAUGUGAAAAAUGCAAAGACACAAAAUGCAGGAUCUCAGGGCACAGAUAAUGGGUGAUCAAGAAAUGACAGAUGGAUUUAGGAUAAUGUGCAUGAACUUGCUUCAAGUUCACAAUGUGAAUGCUGCUAAGUGGAGUAUGCUUGGCCUACAUGAAAAGGAAAUAUGAUAAUUGUCAAGAAUAAUACAUCUGAAAACAAGUUUUAUAUGUGUGUCAAGGUGCAGAUCUAGCUAUUUGCCUGUAAUAUAUAAUAAGGUAGGAUUUAUGCAACUAAAAUACAUUUGAUGACAAUGAUGAAGUAUGCAAAAUUACAUUUUAAAUAGACACAAAUCAUCAGAAUUUCCAAUUAUGUUAAAUGAAUCGCUUUAAAAAAAUAAAUGAAAUAUAAG